UUUUUUUACAGGCAGCGCCUUGGCCACCUGGCAGGGCUGGGUCGCCUAGCAACGGCGGGGUCCUUCCUGGCUCGGCGGCGCUUCGGGCCUGAGGGGAGAAAACCGCAGCUAAGGACGUUGGGGGCAGGCGGCCGCGUUGCGGGAGGCGGCAACGGGACGGUGACGCGCGGUUGGUGCGCCCGGGGUCGGCUUCUGCAUCCGAGGAGAGAUGAAUACGGCCAAGGCCCGGGUGGGGCCCGCGGCCGACCGGCCUGCGCCACCCGAGGAGAAGGAGGGCGAGGCGGGCGGGAAGGAGCCGGGGGCGGACGCGGCCCCCGGGCCCAGCGCUGCGUUCCGCCUCCUAGUGACUCGGCGGGAACCGGCGGUGAAGCUGCAGUAUGCGGUGAGCGGCCUGGAGCCGCUGGCGUGGUCCGAGGACCACCGCGUGUCGGUGUCCACGGCCCGCAGCAUCGCUGUGCUGGAGCUCAUCUGCGACGUGCACAACCCGGGCCAGGACCUGGUUAUCCACCGCACCUCGGUGUCUGCGCCUCUCAACAGCUGCUUCCUCAAAGUUGGCUCAAAAACGGAAGUUGCUGAGUGUAAGGAGAAAUUUGCUGCCUCUGAAGACCCCACAGUCAGUCAGACUUUCAUGUUGGACCGGGUGUUCAACCCUGAGGGGAAGGCUUUGCCGCCACUGAGAGGAUUCAAGUACACUAGCUGGUCCCCCAUGGGCUGUGAUGCUAAUGGCAGGUGCCUCCUGGCAGCACUGACCAUGGACAAUCGCCUGACCAUCCAGGCUAACCUCAACAGACUGCAGUGGGUCCAGCUGGUCGAUCUGACAGAGAUUUAUGGAGAACGUCUUUAUGAGACCAGUUACAGGUUCUCUAAAAGUGAGGCCCCGGAAGGGAAUCUCAGGGAUUUUGCUGAGUUUCAGAGAAGACACAGCAUGCAGACACCAGUCAGGAUGGAGUGGUCAGGCAUCUGUACCACUCAGCAGGUCAAGCAUAACAAUGAGUGCCGCGAUGUGGGCAGCGUGCUCCUGGCCGUCCUCUUUGAAAACGGUAACAUUGCUGUGUGGCAGUUUCAGCUACCGUUUGUAGGAAAGGAGUCUAUCUCUUCAUGCAACACAAUUGAGUCGGGAAUCAACUCUCCUAGUGUUUUGUUUUGGUGGGAAUAUGAGCACAAUAAUCGGAAAAUGAGCGGCCUUAUUGUGGGGAGUGCUUUUGGACCUGUAAAAAUUCUUCCUGUCAAUCUCAAAGCAGUUAAAGGCUAUUUCACGUUAAGGCAGCCUGUCGUCUUGUGGAAAGAAAUGGACCAUUUGCCAGUACACAGCAUCAAGUGUGUACCGCUGUAUCACCCUUACCAGAAGUGUAGUUGUAGCUUGGUGGUGGCCGCAAGAGGACCCUAUGUGUUUUGGUGUCUUCUUCUGAUCUCCAAAGCAGGUCUGAAUGUUCACAAUUCUCAUGUCACAGGCCUGCACUCACUGCCGAUUGUCUCCAUGACUGCAGACAAGCAGAAUGGGACGGUAUAUACUUGUUCCAGUGAUGGGAAGGUGAGGCAGCUGGUUCCCAUUUUCACAGAUGUUGCAUUGAAGUUUGAACACCAUUUGAUUAAACUCUCAGAUGUGUUUGGCUCAGUGAGGACACACGGGAUAGCUGUGAGCCCCUGUGGUGCGUACCUGGCCGUCAUUACCACUGAGGGCAUGGUCAACGGCCUCCAUCCCGUUAACAAAAACUACCAGGUUCAGUUCGUUACUCUCAAAGCCUUUGAAGAGGCAGCUGCUAAGCUUCUGCAAUCUUCAAUUCAAAAUCUCUUUAAGCAGGUAGAUUUAAUAGACCUAGUACGUUGGAAGAUUUUAAAAGAUAAACGUAUCCCUCAAUUUUUACAAGAAGCUUUGGAAAAAAAGAUUGAAAGCAGUGGGGCCACCUAUUAUUGGCGUUUCAAACUCUUCCUCCUGAGGAUUUUAUACCAGUCGAUGCAGAAAACCGCUUCAGAAGCCUUAUGCAGACCCAUCCUUGAGGACUCAAAAAUCUUACUAGUUGACUCACCUGGGACGGGCAAUGCUGAGGGCGAGCAGCAGGAAGAAGGCGCUGCCUCUGAACAGACAAAUAAGCAAGGCCUUCAGGAGAGGAGCAAAGGAGGUGAUCCAGAGGGCCCCACAGAUGACUCAGUCACUCAGCCUGGAGACACUGGAGGCCGAGAGCCAAUGGAAGAGAAGCUCCUUGAAAUCCAAGGGAAAAUUGAAGCUGUGGAAAUGCACUUGACCCGGGAGCACAUGAAGCGAGUCUUAGGCGAAGUGUACCUGCACACCUGGAUCACGGAAAACACUAGCAUCCCCACCCGGGGGCUCUGUAACUUUCUAAUGUCUGAUGAAGAGUAUGAGGACAGGACCGCACGGGUGCUGAUCGGACACAUCUCAAAGAAGAUGAACAAGCAAACUUUCCCCGAGCACUGUAGUUUGUGUAAAGAGAUUUUGCCAUUCACAGAUCGCAAACAGGCAGUCUGUUCCAAUGGCCACAUUUGGCUCCGGUGCUUUUUAACCUACCAGUCCUGCCAGAGUUUGAUAUACAGAAGGUGUUUGCUCCAUGACAGCAUUGCCCGCCAUCCAGCCCCAGAAGAUCCUGACUGGAUUAAGAGGUUACUGCAAAGCCCCUGCCCUUUCUGUGAUUCUCCUGUCUUCUGAAUGUCCAGGAUGGGAAGAUGGAAAGGGCAUGUACUCUGCUGUGGAAAGUGCCGUCCAGCCCCAAGAGCUAGGACGCGCAAGAGGAGAGGCACCCUUCAUGACUGUACAUAGGGCGUGGGGACUCACUGCUGAAGUGCGUUCUCUGUCUCCAGGGACUAAAGGAUGCCUUUAAAGUGACUGAGUGCAGAGAUUUUAAGUCCUUUUGAGAUGAACAUUAUCCCCCAACUCCUUGCCAAUGAGGAACUUAUUUUUCAAGUGUCUUGACUGAAGCAGUUUGAACAAAGCGCGUGCCCUGUCAUCUCUCAGAACAGAAUGGUCCCUUCUAGGGAGUAUGGAUAAGGGCCUUGCUGGGCCGAGUUAGGCUUUUUAAUCCUGGCCUUGGACUGGAACUGUCUUGUGGCUCCAGGGAGCUGUAGUUACCUGGUACGUGGCACGCAGUGUCCCAACAGAUGUUAAAGUGUCUGAAACAACCUGUGGGCCUGAUAUUUUGUUCUCAACAAACAGCUGCAGAUCUGCAUCCUGCCAGUUGUUUUUCAUGCAUAUUGAAAACAUUUUCUUAAAACUAUAUAUUUUAAAGAGGUUGAAGCCAAGACUAAAGUUGGUUUUAAUGUGUCAAAAGAUCGGGUGACUCUUGUAAGUUAAUAAUUGUGACUUAUUUUUAAUGAUCUCUCCCAUGUCAUCAGUUUCCUGCUCUGACUCCUUCACAGGUAUAAGGAUGUCAAGUAUUCCUGUUCACCUGCGUCACAGCCCUCUUCAGACUUACCUGUGACAACUUGGUGAGAUAUUUGUACACAGAGGAAAAAUAAUAUUUUCUCCUUUUAGUAUUAAAACAUUUAAUAUUUUUAAUGUUGAUAUUUCCAGACGUAUCAGUUAUAUCCCGAGUCUGUCUAGAGACGUCCAGAAAGAGGCAGGCAGCUCAGAAGUGUGGACCCUUGAGCUCUGGUGCUAUCGUGUGUGUAGCUCAGUCAACCAGAGGCUGGGAAUUCCUUCCCUCUGCAAAGGUCCUCAAUAUUUAUAAUACAGGU